UUUUUUUUUUUUUUUUGGUAUAUUCAAUACCUUUGAAAAAAAUAAAUGAAUAAAAUCUAUUCAAGAUAAUAACAAAUUGAUUUCCAUGGAUAAAAAUAUACGAAUAAAUAACAAAUAUUUUUCAUGUGUUCUCAUCUGAUUUAGUGUUGCGUGUUGUAUUGUGGGAAACAGACGUUGCGGAAAAUCUGCAUAUCACGAAGUGGUGGUUUAUUGAACGAGGCAUCAUCAGACUGAAUGCAAGUUGCGAUAAUCUCAUUGUUAUUCACGUCAUAGUACAGUUAAAUGUGAUUGUUAACCGCGACGUUGAUGGCCAAGUUCGCGCUAGUGGACAAAUGUACAAUGUCAAAGUGUAUUUAUUGAGCAUAUAAUAACUGAUGACAAUUUCAAACAAAUCAUAAACUGAUUUCUAUUUGUUGUUGCCAUAAAAAUAUCGGUUAACAUUUUGGCAGACAAAGAUAUCAUUGAUCAAUCGUGAAUGAUUUUUCAUGCUAUUUAGCCAAUGCUAAAACUGUUAUUGUUAUUUAUAUAACUUAAAAUAAUUUUUUUUUCGUAUUUUGACAAUUAUUUAUCUAUGGGAAGUGCUAUUUUUUUACCAAUCAACAUAUAACGAAACUAUUAAUAAUGUUAUUUGUAAAAAAAUAAUAAAGCGGAACUAAAACCGCAAAAUGAAAGCCCCACUAAUUCUCUUUGGUGGGAUAAUUGUUCUUUCUCUUGCUGUAGCGAGAGCACUCUCAUGUGUUUGUUCACCUUUAGAAUGCGACGUUCUCACUGAAGAGGAUUGUCCUGGAGGACUUACUUGGGACCCAUGCAAAUGUUGCAAAGUUUGUGCUCGAGUUGAAGGUGAACCUUGUGGUGGACUUUUCGGGUUUUCUGGCAGUUGCGCGGUCGGCCUACAAUGCGUCAUUAAAAAUCUUCGUCCACCUGAUGAAUUAGAUGAAGGAAUUUGUUCAAAGAUUCCUGGACGAUGGCGUAGGCACUGUCCACAUGGCCCUAAAAUGUCUGGACCGGGAUGCAAUCUCAUAAGCGAUGGUACAUCCAACGACAGCAUUCAUCCAGAAAAUGCAGGAAGAUGUGUUUGUGGUUCGUCAGUACCUUGGUGCCCUGGUGAGCCUCAUCCGUAUAUGUUUGCAACACGUCAUGAAUGUAAGCUUAAUCUUGCUGCAAAGAUAGCGUAUGGUGUCAAUGGAUCAAAAUGUCCGGAAGACAGUGUAUUAAGCGAAGAUGGUGGAUGUAAAUGUGUAUCACCAUGUCCACCGCACAAAUGUAAACAAGGUGAAAGGCCAGUUCAAGUAAGACCUGCAGCAUCAGAAACCCCGGGAAGUUGUUGUGCUUUAUACGAUUGCGUUCCUUCAGAAUCGAUAUCCUGGAUUGGUGGAGAUGAUGGACUUCCUAAAGGUUGUAUAGAUGAUUCUGGCUUACCCCGAGCUAUUGGUGAUCAUUGGCAACAAGGUUCUUGUGUAAAUUGCACGUGUGAAAAUGUGAACCAGAUGGCAAGUAUUUCUUGUCAUUCAACAAUGUGCAAAAGUUGCGAAAGUGCUGCGCCAUUGGUAGAAGGAGAAUGUUGUCCGCAUUGCCUUGAACAUACCAAUGAUUCCCAAGUCUUUACUACUACCCCCGAUGUACCUGAUGAGACUUGUGAAUCUCUUGAGAGCUGUGAGCUACCUUGUCGUCUUCGCGCUGCUGACAAUCGUGACAGUUGUCCUACUUGUGAUUGCCCAACUGACAUCGAGAGUACCGUGAGCCCGGAUUCACCAGACAAAAUUUGCCCCGAGCUACCGCACUGUGGUCUGAAUUGUGUGCUUGUAAAGGACCAGGGCGGUUGUCCUGUUUGCGCUUGUGAGAGCAGUCCCGAACAUGAUGCCACUGUUAUCCCAGUAAACGCUCCUGGAACUCCAGUUGAGAAGGACGAAUCGGGAAUCAUCUGUCCGCAACUCAAAUGCAAUUUGCACUGUGAGCAUGGUCUUGUCAUGGAUGAGAAACAUUGUACUCUCUGCCAGUGUAAACCUCAGGCAUUUGGUUGUCUACCGCUUAUUGAAUGCAAGAAGAAAUGUUCAUACGGUUAUAAACUCAAUAGACGUGGUUGUUUGAUGUGUCGCUGUCGUGCAUUUUGUAUUGACCGUCAAAAUCGUACACAUCUGGAAGGUUCAUCCUGGAAUCUUGACGCUUGUACGUCUUGUACAUGCGACCUAGCUGGUAGACUUACCUGCAAAGAAACGGUGUGCUCUGUUGCGUGUUUAAAUCCUUUACCACCAAUAGACGACACCUGUUGUCCUAUUUGCCCUGUCAACCAAAAUGUCUACAAUAAAAAUGAGACUCAUCCAAGUACUAGAGGAGGCUGGGGAGUAGUUCCCAUGACUUUGAUAGCUGUUCUAACAUUUCUCUGCGCAAUUCUCAUGAUCUUCUUGGUAAGAGGACGAUUUCGCGGACGACUUUCUCCUUCAACAAAUCUUUAUACCUCGUACCCGGCUCAGUAUUAUAAAUGUGUGCCGGCUUACGAAACUCCGAUCCAUCAGAAUGAAAAAGUUGUACCGUUGUAAGAAAUUUUAAUACCAAGGUUAUGGAUUCAAAUAAUUUGUUGAUGAUUACUAUUCCAUGUAUAACUAUGUAUUCACGAUCAUUAACAAAUUACUGAAUUCAUCAAAUAAACGAACAAUAGAUAUAUAUAUGUGUUUAUAUAUAUUAGGGUGCGUCUUUUCAGAGCAACAUUUUUUUUUCAAGUGCAUGUGAAAAAAAAUCAUAGCUUAACACAAAAAAAAAUUUUCCGCGCAAGAACAAUAAUUCUAUGUUGAUUACAGACCUAUCUCAUUGAAAAAUUCGAUUUUCCAUUUAAAUAACACGGGAAAUUUUUUUUUUAAGCUUUGAGUAUUUUUAACUUGUUAACAGAUCAAUAGAUCAAAUAGACUAAUACAUAUUUCUGUAGUAAAUUGUACGCUCUACAAGAAAGGUCUCUUAUCAUUUUUGAUAAAUCCAUAUGUUUAAAAGUUGUUGGAGCUCGAAGUCAAGUUAUAGUAAAUUUUGAGAUCUUUUUACUUUUUCAGUAAAUCUAUCGGUUUUAUAACAAAAUGUUAAAAGAUCUUUUUUGUCGUCAAUUUUAUGCUCUAUAACUUUUUUUUUUGUAACGUUUUUUUAAAUUCUACAUUGUUUUGUAGUUAUUCCCGUUUUAAUAUCAAGCUUCUGAAAUCGAUCGGAACACUAUUUUUUUUAAGAGCUUGACAUUAAAAUGAAAAUAACCAGAAAACAAUGCGGAACAUAAAAGACCUUUACAAAAAAAAGUUAUAAAGCAUAAAAUUGUCGACAAAAAAAGGUCCUAUAACAUUUUAUGAUAAGUCUUAUAGUUUGGACGGAAAAGUAAAAAGAUCUCAAAAUUUACUAUAACGUGGCAUCGAGCUCCAAUAACUUUUGAAGGAUAGAUUUAUCAAAAAAUGAUAAGAGACCUUUUUUGUAAAGCGUUCAAUUUACUACAAAAGUAUAUAUUAGUCUAUUCGAUCUAUUGAUCAGUUAACGACUUAAAAAUGCUCAAACCUAAAGAAAACUAAUUUCCCGUGUUAUUCAAAUGGGAAAUCGAAUUUUUCAACGAGCUAGUUCUAUAAUCGACAUGGAAUUUUUUUUUUUUUUUGGACGAAAAAUUUUUUUUCGUGUUGAACUAUAAUUUUUUCCACAUGGACUUAAAAAAACAAAUGUUGCUCCGAAAUGAAGCACCCCAAUAUAUAUGCAUAUAUAUUGAUGAUGUGAUGUGGAAAACGAAAAAUUAUUUAAUAUAAAUAAAUUACUUUUCUUAUCGCAUUACUUUAUAUGCGAAUACUUUUUCUCAAUAAAAAUUUUUGCUAAUAUAAAAGUGAUAAUGGAUGGUAGUAACUUCGAAAAUGAUAGAAAUAGAUAAUUUAUUGAUCUCCAGACUAAUGUAACUGUCUAUAAAUUAAGGAAGUUAAUAGAGUAUAAACUGAAUGGAGUGGUUAAAGUAUUAAGUUCACCAUGUUUGGAACGUGAUAGUUUGACAAUUUCUUAUUAUUAAUAAUUAAGAUUUUGUCAGUAGGCUCUAUAUGUAUAUGGUUAAGCGUAACUAUCGAUAGCUGUGUUAUUAGACUGUUCUCAUAUUAAAAAUAUCAUUUUUUGUUUAUUUAAUAACUACUUAAUUUUAACAAACCGUAAUAGAGUAUUUAUGAUUUUUAAUUAGUUGUUAUUGAUUAUAAAAAUCAUUCUUAUUUAAAAUUUAGUUGUUUAUUAAUUAUUUUUAUAGAAAUAUUAGAAAUGUUAUCAUUAUUGUAAAUAUUUAUCUGAUUAAAUAUUAAUCGUAAUUUAUCUAAGAUAAUAUUUAACGUGUUAUAGUGGACACACAAUUAUAAUAAAGAGACUAUUUUAUAUGUAAGUUGGGGAAUUUAAAAAAAUUAGCCAAAAAAAAAAAAUAUAUAAUUUUAUUUAUUAUUUAUAUAAACUUUUUUUUUUAUUUUCCAAUGCAUGUAUCCCGAAAUUUUGGAAGUAUGACUGCACUCAUGGGAUUAAAGAUUAUAAUAACUUUCAAUAUCACGAUGUGAAAAAAAAUUACAAAUUAAAACAAAAAAAAAAAUAAAUAUUGCUAAUAUUUACACAUACAUAUCCAUGUACCUAUAUGCGCCCUUAGAUUAUUAAAAUUAUCUUUCUGAAAUCGAAAUAUAUUUUUUCAGAGUAAUUAUCAUAAAAUUUUUAAUCACUUUAACACAUUUUCGUAAAUCAAAAUUAUAUAAAAAUACCCAUUGUAAAAGUGUAUAACAAUAUUAAAUUGUAAACAAUAUAUAAAUAUAUUAAUAUAGGGUGACUUAGAUAGUGAAUAAAUUGUUUAACCAGUGAAUAAACAUCAUUUUUUAUUUUUAUAUGUUUUCAAAAUCCCAAAGAUUAUAAUGGGCUUUAGAAAAUAGUAUAUUACAAACCACGGAAAGUAAGGCAUUUCAACCCGCGUGUAUACUUGCCUACCCGAGCUGAAGAUAAGGGUGGUAAAUAUCCGGAUUAGGACGUCCUACCUUUCUCCGUGGUGUCUAUACGAUUUUUUACCAGACCUACACCUGAAAGUUUAAAUUUUUUACCUCUUUUUAUGAAAAAAUGAUGCAUGCUCUUAUUUUCUUAAUUUGUUUUCUCAUAAAAGAAAAGAACGACUUUUUUCCCUCUAAACAGGACAGGAAUUUAAAAUUUCGGUGCAGGUAUGUUGAACAAUCAUAUAGACACCACGGAGAAAGGUAGGACGUCCUAAUCCACAUGUUUGCCACCCUCACCUUCGUCUCGGGUAUGCAAUUAUACACAGGGGUUUGAAUGAUCUACUUUCUUUCCUAGGUAUGUAAUACACUAACUCUGCCCACUGACUGAAGGCAUUUGCAAUUUACGCAUACGCUAAUAUGUUAUAACGCAUAUAAAUAUUUGUUUGCGGCAUUGGGCUGAAAUUAAUUUGUUUCGAUUGGCUGUACAGACGCUGAAAGUUGAAGUAUCAAUGCUGGUAUCAUGGAAAUAACAGUAAUUUUCGUUAAAAAUAUAAAUUGAACUUACAUCUAUUCGCUGGUAAAAGUUAUUUACUAACUUGAACACAUUCUAUCAAUUGUCACUCUACUAUAAGAUUAAAUUUCAUAAGUGUAUCAUGAAGACAAUAGAUAUAUAUACUGAUAAAAAUCGUGUUUUGUUCCGAAAUACGCUGCGUACUUGGCCUAUCCGCACUUGAGUCAACUGAAUUUCAAUGGAUUUUAAAACAUGAAAAUUGAAACAAGUUCAUGGGGAGGUUUAAAUAAAAGACUUAACGGUUUUAGGUUUAUUAUAGAAAUAUUUCUGUCAAAAGCGAUGUAUUUGAUGAAAUGAAAUGUGAGAUCACAGUAAAAAAUAAUAGACGGAGCUGCUCGUCUAUGUAUGUGAUAAAAACAACUAUGAAUUUGAAAAAAAUGAUGUUUUGAGUUGAUGAAAAUCAUUGAUUUCUUUUAAUCAAUUUUGCAACUGUUAUUGUUGAAAAUUUUUAUUCAAUAACCAACUUAUUUCUUAUUUUUAUUAAUAUAUUAUAGUGGUGAGUCAAUCAUAUGAUUUACUCAAUAAUAAUACAAAUGUCUUUGAAAUAAUUAGAUACUUUCUGGGCACAAUGAUCUAGUACCGCUGAUUAAAUUUUAUUUCAUUUUCAUAUGACUACUUAUUUAUUAACUGCAAUGUACUUUUGUAUUUGAAGAAGUUGAAUAUUUCAUUGAAUGAGUAUAUCUAGAGUAAAUGAAUACACUAAAAAAAAAAAAAAAAAAAAAAAAAAAAAAAAAAAAAAAAUUACCGAAACUCAUUAUUUUUAGAAUAUUCGAGAGCAUUAAUGAAAUACAAACAUCACUUUUUUCACUACCUGAAACGUCCCCCGCAUCCAGCUUUUUGUGGUAUCUCCUAUUAUAUCCUAUAUUAUAUUGUGACAACAAUGUCUAAUAUUUUUGUUUUUUUGGAUAAUUUGUUUUCUAUAUAAUCCAGAAACAUGAAUUACGUUUCAAGUAACAAAACAAAAAAAAGUAAUUUUUGUAUUCAUUAAAUGCUCUUGAAUAAUCUAAAAAUGAUAAAUUUCGGUAAAUUUUUUUUUUUCAGUAUUCAUUUACCAUGGACAUACACUCUAUUUCCACUCUAUUCUACGAAGUAUUGUUUUGAUGCAAGAUCGAUCAUUAAUGACUCGACAACUUAAAUAAAUUGUAUUAAUGCUAUAUGAAUUUCGUACAGUUUACGGUGUUUUAGAAGAAAGAUAUAAAGCAAUUGAGCUGAAAAAAAGUUAUAUUCUUACAACUAAAUGUAAGUUUACUUAAAUUUAAAAAAAAAAACAUUGUCAUCAUUUUUUGUAUCAAAUUUAAAUAUUGUAGAAACAAAAGCAAAAGUAGGCGAAAUAAAGUCUCUAGUAUGUUGACUCAAUUACAAAUAUUUGUUACUUGAGUGCGUAAAAGUCAUCGCAAAUACAAAUGAUAUGUUCACAAGUACGCCAUGUAUUUGAGUAAAUAAUUCCCUCUUAAUACGUGCGGCCUUUCAGCCAAAGUCGUAGCGUGUUUCAUCGUAUUUAAAGUCGUGGCGUAUUUGGUUAAACUCAGACCAAGUUGAUUCAAAGGUUUCUUUUUAGCAGUCUAUGUAUAAAAGAUGCUAAACUAAAACAAGUGCUAAUAUAAUAUCAUCUCAAAAAAGCGAUAAAAAAAAGUAAAAUGAUAAAUGGUUUAUAAUUUAUCAGAACAACGUAUCCUUUGAAAAUAAUUAUCAUAUAUGCUUAAAAGUUUAACUGAGCAAUAAAUUCAUACGUUCAAAUUAUAAUACAAAAAAAAAAGAUGACAGUUGGGAAUUGAUUUAUAAUAUAUUAAGAAAAAAGCAAUGCGUCUGAAAUAAAAGUUAAAAAAUUUGUUUAACUAUUCUGUACCAUGAAUUUUAUCAUUGUGAAAUCAUAUCAGUGUAACGUAUUCGUAC